CCGAUGUGUAUGCUUUUCCUGUGAUAGAGGAAAAGAUUUUGUUAGUGGAACGAAAAUAGAAAAAGAAAAACUGCAGACCACGAGAAGUGGGAAAGAGAAAAUGGGGAGCACGGGAGUGGAGACGGCAGAGUUUGUGAAAAUUACGCGAGCGGAUACGAUGGAUUAUGGAGCAUCUCAAUUCCGCCAACCAAUUCACGAGGAUGAAGGGAACAUGGCUGGUUUGUGCACAACCCUCCACAGACAUGUUGAAGUCAUUUCUCAGUAUCAGAGUUACUCUAAAUUUUCAACAAAAGACGAGCUUCAUCAUGAAAAGGUUGAUUGCUGCGGUGUAGCAGAAAAGGGAUAUCAGAGGUCGUGUUAUGGUUCUGGCAACAUCAAUGAAGAGAGUGGGGAGGCAUUCUCGUAUUUAUUUGAUUUAGAGCCUUCUAUGGUUAGGAGCAAAUGCUGUCCAACUGUGCUUCCGGUUACACAUUUUCCGUCCCCUCUAAUCUCCUGUGUGGAGAGUGUACCUCAAGAUGCGCAUGUUUCCCAUAUCAAUGUUGCUGAUUCAAAACAGGGACGUUCAAAUUUAUGCAACGAGCCAUCGGGAUCUAGGGUCCUGCAUGAUGUGCAUAUUUCAGGACGGUUGAUGGAGGAUUUUCUUGAACUUGCUAGAGAUAACACUAAAAAAGAUUUGGAGACAUGUGGCAUUCUUGGUGCUUUUCUUAAAGAGGGAACUUUCUAUGUAACCACUUUGAUAAUACCCAAACAGGAGUCAACUUCCAACUCUUGUCAGGCUGUGCACGAGGAAGAGAUCUUUGCCAUACAAAAUGAACAGUCCCUUUUCCCUGUUGGAUGGAUUCAUACGCAUCCUUCUCAAAGUUGUUUCAUGUCAUCAGUAGAUCUGCACACACACUAUUCAUAUCAGGUAAUGGUUCCCGAGGCCUUCGCCGUAGUAAUGGCUCCAACUGAUACCUCUAAGAGCUUUGGUAUAUUCCGAUUAUCCGAUCCAGGUGGUAUGAAUAUCUUGAAAGACUGUGAAGAAAAGGGAUUUCAUCAGCACGAAGGAUCAGCUGACGGGAGCCCCAUUUAUGAUCACUGCUCAAAUGUCUAUGUAAAUCCAAAUCUGAGAUUUGAAAUCUUCGACUUGCGAUGAUGUAAGAGGUGGAAGGAUAGGGCAGGUGAACAUGUGAUCUUGGUAUCAGCAUCUUGUAGACCUUAAAUAUGAGAACUUUUAUUCAGAUGUGCAUAUUAGUGUCAAUAACAUCAUCAAUAAUGAGGGAGUGGUUCCUAUCUGCAGAUGCGCCUAUUCGUUUUUCUUGACAAGGGCACCCAUGAGGGAGCUGACUCGAAUUCUGUUUGUAUGUCUGUAUGUAUGUAUGUAUGUAUGUAUGUAGGUAUGUGUAUAUAUUUGAAUUAGGGAUCUGCUAGAUGUAUUAUAGAUGGAAAAUGCGUUUUUGAUAAUGUUUAUUCUUGAUGAUUGCUGUUGA